GUUGAUUCACACUGGCGUUCCGGUCACGUUCCGUUCUCGCUCCGAUCACGGUACGGUCGAAUAUUGUCUCAUUAAUUUCAGUGCAAGCAUUCACACUGGCGUUCACGCUCCGUUCUCGCUCCGAUCACGGUCCGGUCACGGUUCCCUCAAAAGAUAUUUUGACCGGAGCGAGACCGACACGUGAACGGAACUUGAUCGCCAGUGUGAACGUUGCCCACGGUCCUGCACCGAUCCUGUUCCACUCCAGUCGAGUGUCAGCCUUCAUUUAAGUAAGUAGUGUUGCAUUUUGGUCCUACCAAAUCAUGGAUAAUCCAAAGAAAACACUACAAUGGGAUCAUGCAAAAGAUGAAAUGCUAAUAGAAUUAGUCAAAGGUAAACCAGAGCUGUAUGACCUGACUUCGCUGCACUACAGUGACAACGUGGCGAAAAGAAGAAGCUGGGUCGAAAUAAGCAGGCAGAUGGGAUGUGAAGGGUCUAAGUGUAAGGAACGCUGGGAAUCCCUGCGAGCACAGUAUCGUAAACACAAAAAUAAGAAAACAAAGAGUGGGCAGGCUGCUGAUGGCUUCCAGAAAUGGAAGUUUGAGGAUCAAAUGUCGUUUUUGUUGGCAUUUACGAAGGACAGAACACGAGUUACAUCUCUGGAAAAGGCUGAAAAUGAAGCAGAAGAUUCAGAUAAUUCAGAACACGAUGACACACAAGAAAGAGCACUAGGCGACGAGGCUAGUGGUGUUGCACCAGAUAGGCCUACACUCCCUCAGCAAGAGCGUCUCACGCGUAAAAGAAAGACACAGGAAAAUAACAGUGCAUCUGCUACACUUAUGAAAUACUUAUUAGAUAAGAAGAAGGAAGAACAUGCCCCACAAAUAAUAGAUACUUUCUUUUCAUUGAUGUCAAAUACUGUCAAGAAAUUCACUCCAGCUGAUCAGCAUUAUAUUAAAACAAAAGUGUUUUUAUUAGUAAGUGAAAUGGAAGAAAAGUACAUUCAUUACCAGAGUGAACAGGCAUACGCACAGUAUGUAUGCCCCCAACCUGCAGCAUCACCUGCUGUGUCGCAGUACUCCACUUCAUCAUCUGCAAGUCCUCAACCUAUACAACAAUUUCAUCAAGCAACACGGAGUCAGGAGAACACCCACGGGGUGCCAUCACCUCCGCAGCCUGCAUGCACUUCACAGUGGUUUAACCAACAUCAUCCUUCUUCUUUCUCUUCAUAAUUAUUGUAGCCUACAGUCAAUGUAACAACAAAAGGAAUAAUAAAUGAUGAUUAUC